AUGCAGCAACGUAAGGAGCGAGCUAAGGAGCGAUAUCAGGAGCUAAUCCUACCCAUACAAGCCCAAUCGCUCCUGAGAAAAAACGUCAGACAGAAGGUGGCGGACCUCUUUAAACGUCGGAAAGUUAAUAAAUACUGGAGGUUUAUUCCGUUCUUGCAAAUGCCCAUCUGGCUUUCCCUCAUGGAGGGUCUUCGGGCCAUGUGCGGCAAUGACAAGAGUCUGAUAAGCUAUCUGCUGACGUCCAGCUCUACGACUCCUGAACAGUCCAUUACUUCUGUCCUUGAGCCGUCUUUGGCUACAGAAGGUGCCCUUUGGUUUCCGGAUCUGCUUGCCGGAGACCCUACCGGCGUACUUCCCAUUACGCUCGGCUUGUCUAUAUUGCUGAAUGUCUCUACCGGCUGGAGGACUCCUUCUUUCGGGGAAAUCUCGGAUUACCCCAGAAAUGAGAUGUUACAGCAUUUGACAUUCCGUUUGCUCAAAGGCGGUAUGCAAACCCUGGCCAUCUAUAUUGGCCUAUCGGCUUACUUGACCGGUAUGCCUGCCGGUUUGAUGAUCUACUGGAUCACGAGCACGAACAUCGCAACACUUCAGUCGCUAUUCCUGGAUAAGUACAUGUUUGCCAUAAAGCCUUUGAAGCCGUGGACGAAGAUGUAUGUGGGCAUCCUUCGGCCUGGAGAAGUCAAGCCGCCGUCGAAAACUGACAGAGAGCAUACUCUUCCGGGUCCCGCAUUUAACAGUUCGGCUUGGGCUAGUCUGCACGCUUCGGAGAAAGUUGGUCAUGCGUAUAUAUCCUGCUUGACUGCAGGACGUGCUACCCUAUCUCCAGAAGCAUUCGCGGGCCUGUCACACGUUGUACUGAGUGGAGAUAUUCUUGGAGGAACAAAAGAACAAAAAUUCUCAUUGUUAAGGAGAUCUCGAGUGGGUCUCUCACUGGUGGUAGGAGGGGUGAAUUGGAAUACGCCCCGGACGUGCUCAGUUGCUAGUGCUUUCUUGAACCCUUCGUUUCAUAGCAUGUCUAGGCAUUUUAUGCCUGAAAGGUCUUCCAGUUCAGCAACACCCCAUCGUUGA